GGAGGGGACGGUUUCGGGCUUGACUGUAGUUAGUUGCGUGCGUCACGUUGUGAAGUGAAGGACAUGGACUGAAUGGCUUUCUUUACAGUCACUGGAAGAAGUUUUCAUGCAGCGAACACCAGGACAAGGCAUGGCUGGGAAACCUUUCCGGGCCACCUAUAUCUGGAGCAGCAUCAUCUCUAACCUCCACACUCAUGUGGAGGUCAAGCGCCGACGCCACAACCUGAAGUCCUACCAUGACUGCUUCUUGGGCUCAGAGGCCGUGGACGUUGUGCUGGCACAUCUCACCUUGAACCGCUUCUUUGGCGAUGAGGCGGUGCCUCGCUACAAGGCCGUACGCCUCUGCCAGGCCCUGAUGGACUCGAGAGUGUUUGAGCCAGUGGGCAUUAAAGUAUUUGGGAAGGAAAAGAAGCGAGCCACAUUUGAGGACAGUAGUUGCAGUCUGUACAGGUUCCUGAGCCCAGCGACAAGCUCCUCAUCAUCGCUGAACAACACCGGCUCUCACUCCACCAGCACCAUCGAGAGCGGCUAUGACUCACCGAGCAUGAACAGGAACAAGAACGGCUAUAGUCCGUCACAUGAAAGACAAGACGUGCUGGGCUACUGCACCCACUCACCUGUAAAAUCAAACAAAUCACUGGAGGACGUGCUUGAAAACCUCAACCUGACCUCCACCAUCACCCCUCAGAUGAUCAACCUUGGCCUCUCACAAGAGCUUGUGGAUGAGGUUUGGCACCAGCAGGCAGUGUUCAGACUGCUGCAGCUGAUAGAGCUCCCCCUGUUGGAGGACUUGUUAGAGGGUAAAGACACAUCGCAACCUCCCCUGCAUUGCAUGGACAGUGACCCGGACCUGUUGUAUACAUCAAGCUACCUAGACCGUGAGGUCCUCAAGGCCUUCAGCGAGGCACAGGCUGAUGAGUGGAUGUCAGGGGCAGUUGAUUGUCUCGAGUUUCUGCCUGAUGAACUGGUGGUGGAGGUCAGUCGGGGUUUGGCAGGUUGCGCUGACGACCUGCUCCAGUGUAAGAGACUGCUCUACGAGGUCCUGACUCAGCAUUACGGACACACACAACAGCCACCUCUGUUCAGCAACCACAUUUUCGACAUCCACUCUGGCAUCUCGGAGCUACUCGUAAACGGCAAGCAAGAGCAAGCUCUAGAGACUCUGCAGCUGAGCCUGAAGCUGCAGGACUCUCGCAGCAGGGAGGAGUUACGCAGGCUCCUGAGAUUCAUGGCCAUUGCAGCCAAACCACAGGAGGUCAAACUGCACAAAGAGAUUGAGAACAGAAUGGCGGUGAAAAGGUCUUUCUCCGGUGCCAUCGUCUACAGCAGGAGACUCUCCAAAGGAAAGGUGGACUUGAUGGUUCUCUUCAUGAUGGACAACCACUGUGAUCUGUUCAAAAUUCCCGUUUCACUGCACAAGAUGGUCAGUGACAGAAUAAUGAAUAUUGUGAAAGGGAAGGAUCCAAAUAUGAUAACAGGGUCAACGUACUGCACAAGAGUGAGCCCUAAGGCCUAUUCAGAAAAUUCACAAAAAACCACUAAAGAGGAACUUUGGUCGUUACUCCGGACAAUCCACGAGAACCCUAAACUCUCCACCAAAGAAAAGAGACGGCUGCUGGGACAGUUUUAUAAAGGCCACCCGGAGAUUUUUGUUCAGUACUUUGGAAAGAGAUUGUCCAGUAUCAACAUGAUGCUACGGUGAUAUUUAUUAGUUUAACACCUGGUGUAUUAUACUGUAAAAAGAGGUAGAUUUAAAGUGAUGUAAAUGAUGUGCAGUAUAGUAAGUAUCUGUGUUGUAUUUGCUUGUAUGUCAAUAGUUUAGACUACUGAACAAGAAUGUGAAUUUUAAUUGUAGAGACUCUUAAUGAGCUGCAAUUUUUAAGGACUUAUUAACUUAAAUUACAUAGAUUUUUUGGUUUGGUGCAGGACACUAACAUGAAAAAUCCUUGUCGGUUAUAUAUGAGACUCUUACUUUGCCAGAAUGACAACAAUAACCAAAUGAUGUUGAAGUUUUGUUGUUGUUGUUGUUGUUUUUUCUUUUGUUUUUUUAAUGUCAUCACACUGCAAUGCAUUUUGAUGGAGUUCUGUGUCUUCAGCCAGCAGGGACAAGUCUGUCUUUCAGUGGAUAAUAGUGUUAGCAUUAAAAAAUGUGUCUGUUCAUGUUGUUUCUCACAUACAGCAUGAUGCACAGUAGAACAAUGUCUGAGGAAAGGAAAUCUGAACCUGGGAAAUCUGAAAGUCUGAUGUGCUGUAGUAAACAGUCCCAUACAUUCAUGAGUCAGCCCUCUGGGUUUUUGUGUUUGUUGCAACGAAUCAGCAAAACAGAUGUUUGUACUUUAUUAUUUUUUUUUUUAAACCAUAGCUGCGUUUUAGUGGCGUCUUCAGAGUUCUGUUUUGAAUAAGGUAAUCACUUCCACAUUUUCAGGUGACAAAAGACAGACUAAACUAAAUGAACAUAAAUCUUGUUCAUAUAUUUGUUCAGAUUCUGCCAGGUCACACUAAAACUGUCUAACAUCCAUACAGCUACGUUUAUCCUUUUUCAUCGCAGACACAAAACGUGUAUCAUUUGAUGAAAUGCGUACAGUGAUAUCUGAUGUGUCAAGUAAUUUAUUCAUAAAAUACAAUUAAUAUUCCA